GAGUUACAAUGAAGCCUUUCUUUCCUUCAGGUGACAAGACUAACAACUUAAUUGGUGUAUCAGAAACCCUUGUUGUUACAGCCUUCACUGGUCUGUUGUAUUCACUGUUAUCUGGACAACCUUUGGUCAUCAUAGGAACAACUGGACCUGUUUUACUCUUUGAUGAAAUUCUAUUCAAGUUUUGCAAGGAUCAUGAUAUUGAGUUCUUGCCCAUGAGAUGUUGGACUGGUUUGUGGGUGGCCAUUAUAGCAACUUUAGUUGUGGCAUUUGAAGGUAGUUCCCUUGUGCGUUUCUUCACACGUUUCACCCAGGAAAUCUUUACUUCUUUGAUCUCCUUGAUUUUCAUCUUUGAGAGUUUUUCAAAGUUGUACAAGGUUUUUGUAAACCACCCACUGUUAACAGACUACUGCACAAAUGACACAGCACAAGCAUCACUUUUCAAUUCUACUGGAGAUCAUUUGAAGCCAACUAAUAUUCCUGGUUUAGUUGACAACUCAACAGACUUUCUUCGAUCUAAUGAUACAAUUGCUAACAUAGUUAACAAUAUUGAUCCCCACGAAGUUAAGCUUCCAAAAAACCAGCCAAAUACAGCCCUGUUGUCAACUGUUAUGAUGAUUGGUACAUUUUUGAUAGCUUACUACCUCAGACAGUUCAGAAACAGCAAAUUUCUUGGAAGAAGUGUUCGAAGAGCUCUUGGGGACUUUGGAGUGCCAAUAGCUAUUAUCUUGAUGGUGAUUAUCGACUCUAACAUUAAGAAUAGCUACACACAGAAACUCAGUGUACCAGAAGGGCUGAGCCCAAGUAAGCCUUCUUCCAGGGGAUGGUUCAUAUCACCUCUUGGAAUGGAGAGGGAAAUAGCUGUUUGGCAAGUCUUUGGAGCAUUUGUUGCAGCAUUACUUAUAUUCAUCUUGCUGUUCUUGGAAAUCCAGAUUUGCGAGUUAAUUAUCAACAAAAAAGAAAGGAAACUGAAGAAAGGUUCUGGAUUCCACUUAGAUCUGAUGUUAAUCAGUUACAUGGAAUUAGCAUGUGCCAUUUUAGGAGGUCCAUGGAUUUGUGCUGCCACUGUGCGGUCAGUUUCUCACGUGGCCAGUCUGACUGUGAUGAGUAGAACUCAUGCCCCAGGAGACAUGCCUCAUGUUAUUGAAGUGAAGGAGCAGAGAUUAACAAAUCUAACAGUCUCUCUUCUGAUUGGCUUGUCAGUUCUGAUGGCUCCUCUUCUCAGGAAGGUUCCUGUAGCCGUUUUGUUUGGAGUUUUUCUGUACAUGGGAAUUUCAUCCAUGAGUGGAAUUCAACUUUUUGAGAGAAUUCAGCUGCUUUUUAUGCCAGUGAAACACCAUCCUGCAGUACCUUAUGUUCGUAGGGUUCGAACAUGGAAGAUGAAUAUGUACACGUUAAUACAGCUUGUAUGUCUUGUCAUCCUUUGGACUGUUAAAUCAACAGAAGCUGCAUUAGCCUUUCCUUUUGUACUCCUUAUGAUGGUGCCUGUCAGGCUGCAGUUAAAAUGUUGUUUCACUGAGAGGGAACUUCAUGCAUUAGAUGGAGAGGAAGUUGACAAAGAAGUUGAAGAUGAACCAGACUUUUAUCAGCAGAUAUUGCCAUAAAAGGUGUAUCACUGUCGUUAAUGUAACGUUCUUUAUUAGUUUUUACAGUAACCAUUCCAUUGUGUCUGUAUGUUUCAGUUAGAUGGAGAGGAAGUUGACAAAGAAGUUGAAGAUGAACCAGACUUUUAUCAGCAGAUAUUGCCAUAAAAGCACAAUCAAGUUGUGUGCAUUAUCAAAAAGAUGAGCUUGUAUUAAAAGUAAGGAUAUUUAGUAUCACCAUUUUGUAUGAGGUCUGUGAUAAUUAUGAAAGACUGGAAUAUUUUGUCAAGGAAAAACAUUUUUGAGACUGUUCGUCUCGUGUUUGUGUGUAUGUAAAUGGAACAGUGGUGUCAAGAUUAUAUAUUUUCUACAAGUAAUUGUACAAGGCAUUUGAACUAGAUAAGUUUGACAUUAUAGUAUAGGGAUAUACGUGUUGUUUACAAUAUAUAUCACUAAUGGUGAACUUUGCAAAAUGUUUUAUUGUAUUGGUUUUGGUGAUAUUAUGAAUGUUGUCCAGGUAUUUUAGUGUAUUUAUUCAGAAAAUGUGAAUGUUGUUACCACUGACUUCAAACUGCAUUAUGACCCCUCUCAUUAAUAGAUAGACCUUAUCAUGAUUCAGGUAAUUAUGGGACAUUUAUAUGGCAUUUGUUGAAUAUCCUUUUGGUUAAAAGUUUACUAUUAUCUGUGAUCCAGGCUGUCGUAGAAUCUCUCCAAAUAGAUCAUGAUAAUACUCAGAAUAUCCCUGAUUCAGUUUCCUCAUCAGAUAUUAUCAUUAAGCUCUAAGGAUUCAGGAUCUUCCAACACUGGAAUAUAUUGUUGGGCCAAAAAUCUUUAUUUAACAGAUUCUUUAUAAGAACCAACCCCAAAACUUAAAUACCUUCAAAUCUUUCAACAGUUGUAUAUCAAAUAUUGACAUAUAUUAAUCAGAAAACUGUCUUUGGCUCAACUGAUACCAUUAUCAGAAAGUCUUUAUUUGUUUUGAGCCAAGGAAUUGAUACGUAUCUUAGUAGAUAUAUGAUUAUAAUAUUAUUAUUAUGUAUUCGGUAACUGUAAUAUUUCAUAAAUUAUGUUUUAUUCAAGAAGGCAUAAAUGUUUAAAGUUAUGUCUAUUAAAAAUUCUUUCCUUUUAGAUAUAAACUUGGUAUAGAAACAUUAGUUUUACUACUGUAAAAGGCAUUUCUAAACGUAACUUUUUGUGACAACACUUUGAAAGUGAAUAAAACGAGCAUCAUGCAGUUAAACUCUUGUCACACAAUAUAUUGUCUCUGAAGGUGAAAGAAUUUUUGAAUGUGUCAAAAGCUUUAUAUAGCUAUAUUCAUCACUGAGUUAAAAGUAGAGUGUAGAAAAAGGAACUUGGGUUCAAGAAUAGUAGUGUGCAAAUGUUUUUGAAAUCAAUAAAA